AAAAACCGCCCAAAAAGUACAAAGAACGAAACGCCCCCGAAUAGUCCUUAUUGAGUUUAGUGAGAGAAACAAUCUCUCUCUCUCUCAAAACCCUUCAAGUAGCGUUUUCUGCAAUCGACCUUGAAGAAAUGGCUAACAGUAAUCUCCCUCGAAGAAUCAUUAAGGAAACUCAACGUCUUCUGAGUGAACCAGCUCCCGGAAUAAGUGCUUCACCAUCUGAGGAUAAUAUGCGGUAUUUUAAUGUGAUGAUUCUUGGCCCAACACAGUCUCCAUAUGAAGGUGGGGUUUUCAAACUGGAAUUAUUUCUACCAGAAGAAUAUCCAAUGGCUGCUCCAAAGGUUCGAUUUCUGACCAAAAUCUACCAUCCUAACAUUGACAAGCUUGGAAGGAUAUGCCUUGAUAUUCUGAAAGACAAAUGGAGUCCUGCUCUUCAGAUCCGAACUGUACUUUUGAGCAUCCAAGCACUUCUUAGUGCUCCGAACCCCGAUGACCCACUUUCUGAGAACAUCGCUAAGCAUUGGAAAACAAACGAGGCUGAAGCUGUUGAAACAGCAAAGGAAUGGACCCGUUUAUAUGCAAGUGGUGCAUGAUGACGAUGCGGUGGAAAACUUCCCUUCCCUUUCCCUUUAGAUGAUGGUGAUGUGAAAUAUGCUAUUAACUGUUAAUUUCAAUCGAAAAAAGAAGUUUGAAAGAAUUAUAAUUUGAUAUUUUUCAAAGCUUCCAGAUACUGCCCCUAUUAAAAAUUGUUUGAUGUUGGAAGCAUUGUCUUUGAACUUGUAUGAUUAGAUAACGCACAUUAUUCGUCUCC